AUGAGUGCCAAGAUUCCGACUUCAAGUCUAUGCGGCGAAGAUUGCCAAGGUUCUCUGGAUGUAUGUGGAUGUCUAUUCACUCGAGUUUAUAUUUUAGGGUGACAUCUUCCGUCGUUUGUACAUGAAAGAGGAAUUGGAUUCACUUCAUCUGUCCAAAAUGGAUUCAGAAAUGAUUCGAAAAUGUUGCGCUGAUCUUGUUGGAGCUGCCGAAUAUUUCUAUGGGCAUCAAGACGUAAAGAUCUCUCAGGCCUUCGUGAGAAGUGAUUUUGAAUUGAUCUUCAAGAGUGGGAUGAUCAAUUGUUAUUUGGAGAUGCUGGGAGUCCUCAUUCAGAAAAUCGCCCUCUCUCAGGUAGCUCUACGGCUGUUGUGUUUUUCUAUUUUCAGCUGCAUGAAGUCAUCGCCGUCACUACGAGUCCCCCAUUAUUUCUGAUACCUGACCUCUGGAAUAAACUCCUUGAGGCAGUUUCUUUCUUAUUCAAAAAUUUUUGUGUCCAGGUUAUCCCAAACAUGGACUUAAAGGAGAAGUUGAUUGACAUGAGCAAGAAGAUAUUCUUGGAGAAUGUUUUGUCAUCUCCUCAUUUCUCCAGACUCGAUUAUGAAGACUUUGAUGACAAGUAAGCUAAAAAUAAUUAAUGUUUUGAACUUUAUUCGUUAGAAUUAAUGUCGAAAAGUCCUCUUUGAUCUUGAACAACAUCUCUCCGACGUUUUUUACCUCAUAUAUUCGAAUGAUUACUUCGGAUUACUGUUUCGUUGUCAAUGAAAUCCAAGAUUCAUUCCAUCCAAGGCAAUUCACAAGGUUGAUUGUCCAAUGGUUGGAAGAUGAACUCAGAGCCGCUAAGGGAUUAGGCUUUACACAAGACCAAAUGAAAACAUUCAACGAGGUAAGUGGAGAUGGAUAAUAUUAAGCUUUUGAAAAAGGUGUUGUACAAGACAUUUGUGAUGGAUUAUUUGACCCGUUUGUUAAGAAAUGAAAACAUUGAUGUUAUCCUGGAAAAUCUCGAUUGUGCUGGUAAGUGGCCGCUAAACACAACUUUGUUUUAGUGUUCCAUAUUUGGUUCAUGUUGUAUAGCAAGGUAGAAGGUGGUCUAGAUGUACUAAUGGAGAUGGUUGCCGGCUAUAUGACCAGGAAAUGUGGCUAUUUUGCAAUGAAAAGAAAUACAGUCGAGAAAUCAGCUCUUCCGACCGUGAUUAUUAAGGUGGGAUUACGGUAUUUGACGACUGUUUUAGGACCUGAUUUCUUUCAAAAAAGUUAUCGAUCUUCUCCAAUCAGAAUGUUGCAAUGGGGACUCAAUGUUCAAGAGUAGAAUCCAAUCCCAACUUCAUCGCGUUUUCAAUUCCGUCGACAAGUUUGCUGAGUUUUUGGCCAUCUAUUUUGAUGUAGAAUUGAGACAGAACAAGGUGGAUCAGAUGGAUAAUGUCCUCGGCUUGGUCCAUUAUGUCAGCAGCAAAGAGGACUUUGAAAGGUAGAUAAGCGUGUUUGAAGAAGACCCUCCCUCUCCAGAUUGUACAAGAUUUACUUGGCCAGAAGAUUGGUGGGAGCCAACGUACUCAAUUUGGAAUUGGAAAGGACCAUCAUCGAGUCUCUGAAAGUCAGUAAUAUGAAUUUUAAAUUUAUUUUUUGUUUAGGUAGAGUUUGGAAAUGUGUAUACUCGAAGAAUGGAGAAGAUGUUCAAGGAUAUGGAGAUGUCUUUCGAACUGCUGAGAGAGUUCGCGGCUUCACAAAAUCUCCCCCUUCCUGCCGAUGGUGUGCCCCGGAAUGAUGGUCUCAAGUUUUCCAUUACAGUAAUCACUCCCGGAUUCUGGCCUCAGAUGAAUUCUCUUGCACCGUGCAGUCUUCCUUCUCAAUUAUCGUCGGCGUUCCAUGAUUUCGAGCAUUUCUAUACCAAAAAAUAUCCAACGCGAAGGCUUGGUCUGAACGUUUACAAUGGAUUUACUGUAGUUGAGGCAAGAUUCUUCGGCCAAGCCGUGAUUGAUGAGGUCAAGGACAAAAUCGAGCGUGUAAAUACUUUUUUUGAUUACUUUUAAUUGCGCAAUAAUUUUUUAUGUCAUCCUUUUAGGGGGAUGAUUCUUUGGUCGCUGUUCCUUCGGAUUCCCUCACUACCAAGUCCUUGGUUUGCACUCCAGUCCAGACUGCUGUCCUGGACCUCUUCAAUUCUUGCUGUUACGUCAAUUCCAACGUAUGUUGUAAAUAGUACUCGGCUUAAUAUUAUUUAGAAAUUAAAAUCAAUGGGAGAUAGUGAACUGAAGAAAGGGAUCCCAUCUCUGAUCAGAGGAAAGAUCUUGAUCAAAGAAUUCAUGGUGGAUAUGGAAGGCAAUGAACAAGAAGUAUAUUAUAUCAAUGACGUGUAUAGCCAUAAGAAAACGACUAUCAAUCUGACCAAAGAAGCCAAGAACGAUGAAGGGAAAGGCAAGAAAGCGGACGGGCUGGCGGUAAGUAUCAAUAAUCGAUAGUCACCAUACAGUAAUCUUUCCAGAAGAAUAUCUACGCCUGCAGGUAUCUGAUCGAUGCCGCCAUUGUUCGUAUCAUGAAGGCUCACAAAACGCUGCCUCAUGAUCAGCUUCGGACCUCUGUGAUGACCAAAUUGGAGAGGCCCGUCGAUGAGAAUCUGCUGAAGAAGUGCAUCGAGAAUCUGAUCGAUCAUCACUAUCUGAAGCGGGAGGAAGACAACCCCCGAGUCUAUCAUUAUGCAGAAUAA